AUGGCCACGUAUCAGUCACCAAUCUUGAGUGGUCCGAGACCACCUCCAGUGGAGAUUUUUGACGUGUUCCGGGGGGCCAUCUCAACCGAAACUGGAGUUAAACUUGGAGAUGCCGAUGGCAAUAUCCUCUUCGACGACAUUGGCCUAGAUCCUAUCACAAGGUUUGCCAUUCUCGACAUUGUAGCCGAUAGAACUGGGGUUGAGCUGCCGGCCUCUCUCUUCAGAGACUGCUCUACUUUGUCUGAAGUUGCAGGAAUACUCGGUUAUAGCACGGAUACGAAUGCCGUGAUGUCUCCGUUGACGCCUAUUCGCGGUGUUGAUUCCCAAGUGACCGCUCAAGACGCCUUUGCUGGCAUUGGUCAUCUUGUCAAACAAUUCGCAGCGGAGACGGGCACAGCUACUUUCUGGACGGAGGUUUUGACUAAACACAAUCGGGUAUUUGAUGGCGCCAUCCUUCCAAUCCUUGAAGAUGGCGGUUUUGUCAAUCGCCAGGGUAACGAAUUCGUACGCACGUCAGUCGCCGCGGGCCAACUACCAUCUCAGAUCAUUUUUGACAACCUUGUUCACGACCACCCUCUGUAUGCCAACAUGCAUCGACUCCUGAAUCUUACAGGGUCGCAGUUCGCCGAGUGUCUUACUGGUGCUGUGGACCCUAUCAAGCUCCUGUUCGGUAAGAAUAAGGACUUGCUCCAGGAUUUUUACACCAACGCACCAAUGUCUUUAGCAGCCUCCAAGUAUCUUGCAGCAUUUCUCAAGCGCAUCUUCUCCGACAUUGUGAAGAGAGACGGCGGCUGCAUCGAGAUCCUGGAGGUUGGUGCUGGUUUGGGCGGUACAACAAAGUUCGUGGUUGACAUGCUAGUCGACGCCAAGAUACCAUUCAAGUAUACUUUCACCGACAUCUCUUCUUCUUUCUUUGCUGCGGCCAAGAAUAGAUAUAACACCCUCCCAGCAGGCUGUAUGGAGUAUGUCGUCCUCGAUAUUGAGAAGGCACCUCCUGAAAAGUUGCAGCGUCGUUUUCACUCGGUGAUAUCGACUAAUUGCAUACAUGCCACUAAGAGUCUGCAGGUGUCUUGCACAAAUAUCCGGAAGCUUCUCCGCCCGAGGGGUUUCUGUGCGCUUAUUGAGUUCACCACAAGACUUUACUGGCUAGAUUUGGUGUUUGGGCUGCUGGAUGGUUGGUGGCUUUUUGAGGAUGACAGGAAACAUUGCACGGCUGACGAGGCUUUUUGGAGAUCCUGUUUAGAGGCAUCGGGGUUUAGUGAUGUGCUGUGGACAGAGGCUGAUAAGAACGAAAAGCUCAACCCGCAGUUGGUUGUAGCAUGUACCGAGUAG